AUGAACGAAUUUUAUCUUAUUGGUUUUUUAAUAGCUUUCUACUUCCUGAGAGUUGAUGGAACCGUUCGAUUUGCGAACUACUAUCAAAAUCAUAUGGUUCUUCAACGCGCUCCACAGCGAGCUGUUGUUUGGGGAUAUGUAGAAGAUUUUAACGUUCCUAUUGUCUUGACAAUGAAUAGGAAAAUCUAUGGAACGAGAAGUUCUUCAUCAGCAAUCGAUAGAACAGGUGAAUCUAUAUGGUCAGUCACUCUCGAUGCUGAAAGUGAAGAAGGCCCUUUCAAUAUUGACGUUCACCAACCAUUGCCUAAUGGUACGAUUGUCACAAUCACUCUGCAUGAUGUACUGUUCGGUGAUGUAUGGGUAUGUUCAGGACAGUCCAAUAUGGCAUUUGCUGUUCGAAAUAUGUUUAAUGGUUCAAUAGAAAUUGAAAAUGCUGAUAAAUAUCCAAAGAUUCGGCUGUUUACAGCAUCAAGACAACAAUCAUCGACGCCUGAAGAAGAACUUCUAGCCAUAGCUCUACCGUGGUCUAUUGCAUCGGCUGAUAGUGUCGGAAGUCCAUAUACAUCAGCUGUGUGUUGGCUGUAUGGUCGUAUGGUUCAAGUAGAACUAGAUGGACGUCCUAUUGGCCUCGUACAUACAUCAUGGGGUGGAACUGCAGUAGAACUCUGGUCACCGCCUCAAGUUCUGAAAGAUUGUGGUAUCUCACGAAAUCCCCGAGUAUCAAUCGACCAAGAUAAUCAAUUGGAUAUUGUUCUGAACAAUACAGUCUUAUAUAAUGCCAUGAUUCAUCCAUUCACUCGAAUGGUCAUCAAAGGAGCUCUUUGGUAUCAAGGUGAAGCCAAUGCAAAUUUCAAUCGCAAUAAAUACAAAUGUACAUUUUCUAAAAUGAUUGAGCAUUGGAGAGGUAUAUGGCAUGAACGCACCAUGUCAAAUACGGAUCCAACAUUUCCGUUCGGUUUCGUUCAAUUGUCAACACGAGAAGCUACGGGAAACGUCAUUGGCGGAUUUCCUUGGAUUCGUUGGCAUCAAACAUUCGAUGUUGGAUAUGUACCUAAUGAUGUUGUACCGAAUGUGUUCAUGGCCACGGCAAUGGACUUACGUGACGAUAAAGGCGGAAUUCACCCACGUAAUAAACUCGACGUUGGCUAUCGACUCUCUCGUUCAGUCGAUUUCUCCAUCAUACCCCAUACGCAUCAAAUUCAAGUGAUGUACUCCGAUAAAGUCUCGAAAGGUGUUCAAUUACGAAACACCAACGGCUUUGAAAUUUGUUGCAUCGCAGAGGAUAUCUGUAAAUCGAAUGAAACCGUAUGGGUGGCAGCACCCGCGAGUGAAAUCAAAGGAUCACCAUUAAGCAUUUCUCUGGAUAUACCAAGUUCAUGUAUUUCGAAGAGAUUGUUCGGAUAUCGUUACUUAUGGCGAGAAACUCCUUGUGCAUACAAAGAAGCAGCAGUUUACAACGCUGAAGAUCAGGAAGUCCCUGCUCCACCUUACAUUCAUUUCUUUUAA